AUGUGGGACUUAAGUGCUCCUGAGGCCCAGCCAGCGCCGCUCAUCCUAUGGCUGAACGGCAGGCUAGGGUGCUCAUCGGAGGCGUACGACGCGUCGGAGGAGCUCGGCGCAUUUCACAUCCGGCUGGAUGGCGUGACGUCUUCCUCAACAUCGGCGAAGAUCCUGUUCCUGGACUCGCCAGCUGGAGUGGGGUUUUCGUACACCAACACCACUUCUGACCUCUACACCUCCGGCGACAACACAACAACUCAUGAUUCCUAUGCUUUCCUGGUUAAAUGGUUCAAGAGGUUCCCGCAGUACAAGUAUAGGGAUUUCUACAUAGCUGGGGAGAGCUAUGCAAGUGGAGUGGGAAAUAACAUCGGCAUCGAGAAACCGAUCAUAAACUUCAAGGGCUUCAUGGUCGGGAACGCGGUGACCAACGACCACACCGACUACACCGGCAUGUUCGAGUCGUGGUGGAACCACGGCCUCAUCGCCGACGACACAGCACUUCUUCCACAAUACAUCUACACCACCAAAUACAUCCAUGGAACCAUCAUCCUCUACUCCAUCCUCAGCACAUCUUGGAACUCUGUAACUAAAAAGCUUACACGGGAGAACUACAUCUUGUGGAAGGCCCAAUUUCUUCCUACUAUGUGUGGUGCACAGCUUAUGGGGAUCCUAGAUGGAUCUAUCAAGGAACCGGCCAAGACCAUGGAGUUGGUGAAGGCCGAUGACAAGAAAGAAAUAGUUGCCAACCCUUAA